AUGACUAAUUUCAAGUCGUUGUCAACAUUGGACAGGGGUAAUUCCUUACCUGACUUGUUAGAAGUUCCGGACAAACAUAACGAAGACUUACCGCGACGAUCCAGUCUGACGAAUGAUCACAGUUCUGGGAAACAGGAUGUCAAACUUGGAGAAAAACUGUAUAAACAAAAAUCAACACGACAAAAAGAUUCGCUAAUGCAAAAAAUAUUUAAAAGUGAUAAAUCGAAAAAAGGGGGUGUAAGUUCUCCUGUUAUAAAGAAUCGGAAGUUUUCUUUACCCGUCAUGACGUCAUCUUUAAGAAACAAGAUGGUAGUUACAGCUAUAAACGACGACACAAGUACAUCAUCUACAGACAAUGACGACGAGAAGGAAUUGGUUAGAAGCUAUAGUUCAGAAGAUUGCCUUAAAAAUAAAGACGAAAAGAUCGAUGCUUUGUCAAAAUAUACUUAUCGAAGCGUAGUCGAGACAACUUCUAAACAGAAAAAGUUGCGUCACUCUUUUUCAAGCAAGAAAAAAUCAAGCAAUCUCAAAAAGAAAAGCGCUCUUCACAAUGCAGUGCUAGAAGGUAACACCCCUCUAGUGGCUAAAUUAUUAGAUCAAUCGAAUUGUGACGUAAAUGAAAUAAUUCGCCCUGGGUUAUCUCCUUUGCAUAUAGCUUGCGCUUCAGGCAAUAAGAAGAUUCUAGAACUCUUAAUAGAUAAUGGAGCAGACUUAUCUCUUAAAAACUGUUCAGAUUUAACACCAGUGCAAAUAUCAGCUUUGUUCGGACAUUUUGAGGCUACACAACUGUUAAUCUCACAUGGUGCGGAUAGUAAAGAUAUCCACCACGGUAUAAAAAACAACGUUCGGUACACGUAA